AUGUCACGCAACUAUGUUUUCAAUGCAAUUUUACCGCAUCCUUUGGUAAAAAGUGAUGAAACAUGCACGGAAUUUGUCCUAGUUGCAAUGAAAGAUGUUUCAUCUGGCUUUGAGGGUUGUUAUUUUGCCCAAGCACCAAGAAACUGCCUUAAGACGUGGGAAGAUUGUGUUGUUGUCACUGGAAGGAAAAACACAAUUUGUUACCUUCCUGCAGAAAACAAGUGGUUUGAACUGGCAGACCAAACAAAGAACAGAGAGUUUUAUACUAUGUGUGCUUCUCAUGGUAAACUUUUUAUCAACAAUGGUGGUCAUUCUACAAUUGAGAGGUUUGAUCCAGCGGUGAACUCUUGGGCACCUGUCACACUAUGUAGUGGUCGUCCAAUGUCACUCUGUGGUGUAGCUUUAGUCAAUUUCCAAGGGUUUUUGUAUGUAAUUGGGGGGAGAAAAGGAAAAGAGCGUGAAAAUGCUGUGUAUAGGUACAAUCCUGACACAAUUCUAUGGCAAGAAGUUGCACCUAUGAGCACUUCCAGAUCUGCACUGUGUGCUGUAGCUGACAAGGAAACUCUGUAUGCAAUUGGAGGUCGGACAAAGGAUCAAUUACUGGAUGUGGUAGAAAGAUAUGAUCCCAAAACAAACUUGUGGUGCAGAGUAGCUUCAACUCUUGAAAAGAAAAGAAACUCUCAUUCUGUUAUUUUAAGGGCUAAAGUGUUUUUGUUUGGAGGAUUUACUAGCCUUGAAUUCCCAGGUACUUCUUCAAACAACAUUGAAAUGUAUGACCCAAAAUCAAACGUCUGGACGGCCAUUCAGUGUACAUCUGCCCCAUCACGCUAUUGUAGUGCCACAAGUUUUAAAGGAGCUGUUUUUGUCACUGGUUUGUGGGACCUAGAACAUCCUCAUGAUUUUUUCUGGAGUGUUUAUGAUGUUGAUAAGAAUGAGUGGAAGCCUUGGGCAAAAAUACCUCUUUUCAGUUUCAACGCACGUGCUAUGGCUCCUCUCAGAAUUCCAAGAGGAAUUUUAAAUGCUUGUAAAGUUUUGUCUUAAAAGUAAGUUGUAAUUGAAGGAUCACCCCUGGAUUUCUUCAUCACUUAGGACCGCUUCGAUUUAGACUGCAAAACAGUUUCAUGCAUACAAAGUACGUGUGAGCCUCACACUCCUGUAGGACACAUGAGGCAAUCACCAGUCUAGCUCUCUUUUUUCGACCUCACUCCAGAUCUUUUGUUUGACUGCUUGCACAUUCUUGAAUACGUAUUUAAAAAUACAGACUGUUUUGCAGUCUAACUUUGAUUUAUCCCAGUAAAAUGUCCAUAUAUUUUAUUUGAUAGUGCAGCAAACAGCCAUAUUAUGAGAACCCAGCCUGUAUUUCUCAGCGAAUUUGCCUUGUUGAUGCAGCUAAUGAAAGCAUUGAAAACGUGCAUUUCAUAGACAAGUGAAAAUUAAAAUUCUUUUUUAACUGUUGACUGGCAGUGUCUGUGAAAUGCCAUGUUGUAUGUCUAAAAUAGUCAUUUCCUUCAUAGAUUCAUCAAGAAAUCAGUGUUUGCACAGUCUUAAAAACUACUUAAAAUUAAGAUUAAUGUCCUUGAAUUUAGUGAUCCUUAAAAAUACCUUGACUUUCUUAAAGGUCCUUGCAUUUUUUCCCAGACUAGGAUGUGGUAACAUAAUGUUAAGGUGAUAAGCACAACUCUUUUCUAACUUAUGUCCGUUAGCCUUUUUCCACUGUUUGCACAGAAUGCUCAGGUGCUACUUUACAAGCAAAGUGACUAGUCGCUGUAUUUAGAUGAACAAUUUCCAUAUUUCUUAAUGUGUGACAUGCAGUGCGUGCUGUUCAUGUAAUAAUAUCAAGCAUGAGAUGCAGUGUUUCAUCACCAGAUCAAAUGGUGAGAAGGGUCCGAGUUAAAAUACAUUGUGCAACAGAGUACUUUGGUGAUGAAACACCGUGUCGAAUGCCUGAUGUCACUUUUCGAACGGAAUGAUUUAAGAAGGAGAAAUUAAGGAUGCAAAAAUGAGCAGUUUUUCAUCUGAUUUUCAAACACUCAUUAAACAUAAUUUGCUAUUGUAUUUUCUUUAUGAAUCAUUAAUGAGUUUGAGAACUUCACAGACAGACUGCUUAACCCAUCAGGCUAGUUUUCACUAGCGACAGAGUUAAAGCGGGAGUCAUAAUCAGAAGCGUAGAGCUUAUGAUCUAGUGAAAACAGCGUUCUGAUUCCGCUUACGACUCCAUCGCUUACAUUCCACUUAUGAUCUAGUGAAAACCAGAUUGUCGGAGUUGGAAGCAGAAGCAGAAGAACCAAACCAAUCACAGAGCAUGGGAACUUGCAUUGUCAUUAGUUUAUCCUUCCAUUUCUGCUUCCGACUCCGACAAUGUGGUUUUCACUAGAUCAUAAGCAGAAUGUGAGCGACAGAGUCGUAAGCGGAGUNGCUGUAUUUAGAUGAACAAUUUCCAUAUUUCUUAAUGUGUGACAUGCAGUGCGUGCUGUUCAUGUAAUAAUAUCAAGCAUGAGAUGCAGUGUUUCAUCACCAGAUCAAAUGGUGAGAAGGGUCCGAGUUAAAAUACAUUGUGCAACAGAGUACUUUGGUGAUGAAACACCGUGUCGAAUGCCUGAUGUCACUUUUCGAACGGAAUGAUUUAAGAAGGAGAAAUUAAGGAUGCAAAAAUGAGCAGUUUUUCAUCUGAUUUUCAAACACUCAUUAAACAUAAAUUGCUAUUGUAUUUUCUUUAUGAAUCAUUAAUGAGUUUGAGAACUUCACAGACAGACUGCUUAACCCAUCAGGCUAGUUUUCACUAGUGACAGAGCUAAAGCGGGAGUCAUAAUCAGAAGCGUAGAGCUUAUGAUCUAGUGAAAACAGCGUUCUGAUUCCGCUUACGACUCCAUCGCUUACAUUCCACUUAUGAUCUAGUGAAAACCAGAUUGUCGGAGUUGGAAGCAGAAGCAGAAGAACCAAACCAAUCACAGAGCAUGGGAACUUGCAUUGUCAUUAGUUUAUCCUUCCAUUUCUGCUUCCGACUCCGACAAUGUGGUUUUCACUAGAUCAUAAGCAGAAUGUGAGCGACAGAGUCGUAAGCGGAGUUGGAAGAAAUGGAAACCUUCUGAUUCUUCUUACUGCGAUUCUGUCGCGCUUAUGACUCCGCUUAUGACUCUGUUUUUUAUUUUCACUAGGUCAUAAGCGCUCUUACGACUCCGCUUACGACUCCGACUCUGACUCCGUCGCUGGUGAACACCUAUACCAGCCUUUCAGUCCCAUGAGUGGACAACAUCAAUUUUCUCCUUACAAUUAUCCAUACAUCAUCGAGAGAAAAGGUUAGAAGAAUUCAUAAAAUAAUCAUCAAAGGGAAAAGGCUUUGAUCUUUCAUCAAAAUCUCUCAAUUAACUCUUGAUUAAAAAUGGAGAUCAGUCUGGUGAAUUUGAAGGUGGAUAUUGGUGCUCUAGGAUAUUACCUAGUGUAGGGGUGGGAGGAGGGGAAAGUUUGUUGAUUUGUCUACCAAAGAUAUUUUACCCUCCCUCCCCCCUGUUAUGUAAAACCCCUCCUUUGACUUCACUUACGCUUUUUUCUAAUCCAUGGAGAGACUGUCUAAUCCUUCUACUCCUGCAAGGCUUCCCAAAAACGAAAGUUUCGGUUUUUACCACCUGUCGCGUGGAACCGAAGGCAAAUCUUGUCAGCGGAAAGCUCGCGAGAUUAUGCGCAAUGGUUUCCUCUUUCACAUCCGGUGGAGGCGAUAGAAGCUUGCACAAUUUUUUUUAAAAGUGUUUUCGUGUCAUCUGGACCUGUAUAUCGACUUCAUGAUGAGUUGUUUAUCGUGGGGACCAAUGCAGGAAUCUGGCAUGCAACAGUUUUGCGUGGAAAUGAUGAAACGGCUCGACGUUCAACGAAGGAACGAGCAGUUCUGUGAUGUGGUUCUUGAAGUUGGCUCUGGUGACGAUCUAGCUCGCUUUAAAGCACACAGAAUCGUUUUAUGUGCAGGAAGUCCGUUCUUCUACAAUGCUCUUAACAGCGACAUGAAAGAAAAGAAAGAGGGAGUCAUCAGAUUAGAAAACACAAGCAAAGCUGUGAUGGAAGAAUUGUUAGAAUAUCUUUACACAGGACACGUUGACGUCACGCAACGCAACGCACUCGAUCUUCUAGAGAUAGCUGAUUUUUUCGUCAUUCCAAGUCUGAAAGCGGCUUCAAAUAAGUUUAUCGCACGAACAUUGUCUUCUUCGAACUGUCUAAUGGCAUAUUAUUCAGCUGCCAAAUAUAAUUGCACGGAAUUACAAAUAGAAGCGAGAGAUUUUAUCUGUGAAAACUUUAUGAGCGUGGUCGAGCAGGAAGAUUUUCUGAAUUUAAGCAUGGAAGAGGUGAAAGAGUGGAUUUCAAGUGAUGAAAUCAGGGUAAGAGGAGAAGAAGACGUUUUCCAGGUUAUUGUAAAAUGGUUAGAAGGGAAAGGAUGCGUCGAACGUAACACAUUUUUCGAAUUAUUUCGUCGUGUUCGUCUGGUUCACAUGUCACGCAAUUCUGUUUUCAAGGAAAUUUUACCGCAUCCUUUGGUGAGGGACGAUAAAACAUGCACAGCAUUUGUCUUAGAUGCAAUGGAAAAUGUUUCAUCUGGCUCUGAGGAGUGCUUUUUUGCCCAAUCACCAAGAAACUGCCUGAAGACAGCAGAAGAUUGUCUUGUCAUCACUAGAAAAAAUAAAACAUUCUGUUACCUUCCCACAGAAAACAAGUGGUAUGAGUUGGAAGACCAAUCUGAGAAUAUAUAUUUUUAUACUAUGAGUGCUUGUCAUGGUAAACUCUACAUCAAUAAUGGUGAGCAUCGACAAAUUGAGAGAUACGAUCCAGCUGUUAAUUCUUGGGCACCUGUUACUUUAUAUGGUGAUGGUUCAAUGCCACUUCGUGGGGUAGCUCUUGUUAAUUUCCAAGGGUUUUUGUAUGUGAUUGGUGGAAAAAUAGGAAAUGAGCAUGCAAACUGUGUUCAUAGGUACAACCCUGACACAAACCUGUGGCAGGAGGUAGCACCCAUGAGCAUUUCCAGAUCUGAACUUUCUGCUGUAGCUGACAAAGACACAAUGUAUGCAGUUGGAGGUCGAACAGAACAUCAGUUACUAGAUGUGGUAGAAAGAUUUGACCCCAAAACAAAGUCGUGGUGUAGAGUUGCUUCAAUUUUGGAAAAGAAAUACCGCCUUCAUGGAGUUGUGUUAAGGGGUAAAGUGUUUUUAUUUGGAGGCUUGAUGAGUCUCAGUUCAUCAGGUCCAUUUUCGAGCAUCAUUGAAAUGUAUGAUCCAAUGUCAAACAUGUGGACAGCCAUUCAGAGUACAUCUGCCCCAAAGCGCUGUUUUAAUGCCACAAGUUUCAAAGGAGAUGUUUUUGUCACUGGUUUGUGGGACCAAGAAAGUUCCCAUGGUUAUUUCUUAAGGGUUUAUGAUGUUGACAAGAAUGAGUGGAAGCCUUGUGCAAAGUUUCCUUACGUCUUUCAUCCAGGUGCUAUGGCCACUGUCAGAAUUCCAAAAGGAAUUUUGAAGACUUGUAAAGUUUUGGAAUAG